AUGAUUCGAUACUCGCCUAGCUCCUUUCCUCCGUAUAAAUAUUCAUUCUUUUAUCUCUCAUUUCCCCGAUUUAGAUUUGUUGAGAUUUCUUUUUCUUUCUUUCUUGCUUUUUUUCUUUUUCUCUUUCUUUCUUUCUUUCUUUCUUUCUUUCUUUCUUUCUUUUUCUCUUUCUUUCUUUGCUUUCUCUUUUUAGAUCUAUCUAUCUAUCUAUCUAUCUAUCUAUCUAUCUAUCUAUCUAUGCUGACGAUACAACGUCUAUCUAUCUAUCUAUCUAUCUAUCUAUCUAUCUAUCUAUCUAUCGCAAUCUCUUUCUCUCUAUCUCUCCAUCUAUCUAUCUGUCUUUUUAGAUCUAUCUAUCUAUCUAUCUAUCUAUCUAUCUAUCUAUCUAUCUAUCACAGUCUUUUUAAAUCAAUCAAUCAAUCAAUCAAUCUAUCUAUCUAUCUAUCUAUCUAUCUAUCUAUCUAUCUAUCUAUCUAUGCUGAUGAUACAGCGGUAAAUAGAUGCCGCUUGUUCCUGAAUCGCUUAUUUGCAACUAAUUGCUUCCCUGUCAAAGCAACGCCUAUCAUUCUUUUAAACACGGUUCAUCCUCCAGGAGUUAAUCGCAGUCAUCAAUCACUUCCUAUUCUAUAA